AUGCAAUCGCACGGCGCAAAGCGCACUCCUGAAGAGUUCAAAGAAAUCCGAAAAGAAUGGAAAGCAAAGAAGAAGGAGGAAGAGGCUGCACGCAAAGCCGACGAAGAGCGACACCGCGCCGACGUGCAGCAGCGCGCUCACGAAGGAGGCGCUCCUGAAGCGCCUGUCUAUGGACAGAUGCGACAGGCGGUCGGCGUCCCUGGUCAACCUCCUCAACAUCCCCAACUUCCUCCCAUCGGGUACCAACCUGCAGCCUCUGGCAACAGCACUGCUCCUCAGUACGGCACGCAGAGUCCAGGUCUCCCCGAGGGCAUGGCUCAGUAUGCCACCCCCAACAGCAAUGCGUACAACAGUCCAAAUAGUAACAACAGCAGUUACCCCCAGUCGCCCUACGGACAAAACCCGCAAAUGUACCAGCAGAACCACUAG